AUGGAUAUAUCUGAGUCUAGUUUAUUUUGUGAGGCCAGUUCUCUGCCAGGCCUGGAUGGAGCCGUUGGGCGUCCAUGGAUGUCUUCCCCCAGCCCGGGCUGUGAUCGUGGGCUAGGACCCUUCGACCAGACCCCCCUCUCUGAAGGACCUGGAGACUGUGGCCCCGCUGGGGGCCGUAAAGACACCAGGAUAGGAGCCCCGGCGAGUGGACCAUGGACAGGGGCAGGUAGCCCUGACUCGACCCACCCAGGAGCACCUUCCUUGGGUAGCGGAGACGGGCAGCCAGGGGGUGAAUUGAGGAUCCGUCGGCCCAUGAAUGCCUUCAUGGUCUGGGCCAAAGAUGAGAGAAAGCGACUGGCCGUUCAGAACCCAGACCUCCACAACGCUGUUCUCAGCAAGAUGCUGGGUGAGAUAAUGACACACACACACUCCGUAUGUCAGGAUGAUUUAUGUCACUUUUGUUUUAGGAAAUGGCAUGUUUUCUUUAUUCCGCUUUAGAAAGAAUGCUUUGUUUCUUUGACUUAAAUCACAAAUGUUUUUUUGCCAAGUCACGAAAAACACAAUCAAUCAGUUAAAUCAACUCCACUUGUUGGUAUGCCUUUAAUAACUGUCUGCGUUAAUAUCGCAUUCAAGUCAUUGGCCAAAAUGUGAUUUAUGAGCUAUAAAACCACGUUGGAUUGUUUCAAUGUUUAAUGUGUGCAGUAGUGCUUAGCAAGCAGUGUAAAGCUGCCUGGUUUUUUCCAGACAGUAAGGAAGUAGAUAGUUUGACUUUUAUUCUGAAAACGCAUCACUUAGUAGCUACAACAUACUGAAUGCGUUUAGAGCUGCACAGAUUCCAUUCGGAUGUCAACUGAUUACACUGCUGCUAAUGAUGGUAAUGUUGAUAACAAUGUAAAUGUAUAUUAUUAUUAUCUUUAGGUCAGUCGUGGAAGGCCCUGACUACUCUGGACAAGCGUCCCUUCGUUGAGGAGGCCGAGAGACUCCGCCUCCAGCACCUGACGGACCACCCCAACUACAAGUACCGCCCCCGCCGCAAGAAACAGGCCAAGAAGCUCAAACGGGUGGAACCGGGGUUACUGCUCCACAGCCUAGCCCAGGGAGGGGCAGGGGAGGGCUAUGGACACCCACGGGAUAGUUACGGACAUCCAGGCCACCAUCACCCCCACCACCACCUCUUGCCUCCUCUCGGACACUUUAGGGACCUUCACUCGGGGACUUGGAGAGCUACGGCCUGCCCACACCGGAGAUGUCCCCCCUGGAUGUGAUGGAGGAAGGAGGAGGAGGGGACGGAGGGGUGUUCUUUCCCCCUCACAUGCAACAGGAAGACGCGGGCCUGCAUGGCGCUUGGAGUAACUACCAUCAUCAUCACCACCGUUAUAACAGCCACCAUCACCACAACCCUCACAGUAAUCACACCCACUCUCUUAGCCAGAGUCAGGGUCAUAGCCAGAGCGGCUCCUUGCUCUGUCGUCCUCCCCAGGAAAAGUGUCUCAGCAGAGCUCCAGAGCCUACGAACUCUCCCAGUCCCUACUCUAACCUCCAGGGCUCCUCUAUAAGCCAGUCUGAGCCAAUCAAACCCCACCUUCCCAUCACUAGUUCCUCUGUGUCCUCUGGUUACUAUAGUUACCUGUACAGUAGCACUGGCCCAGACACACCCCGGUCACCCCACUUCACCUCCCACCUGGGGCAGCUCUCUCCCCCACCUGAGUCCUCCUCCAUGGCCACUACAUCCAACCCCGUAGUCCCCCUGCCCCUGGACUCUAUACGGUACCAGGCCGGCCAUGGUCCCUUGGGCCCUACGUCAGCAGAGUUCUGGACAGAAGUGGAUCGCUAUGAGUUUGACCAGUACCUCAGUGCCAGCCGGACCCGAACGGAGGAGCACAUGGGUACUCUUGUCCCUGUUUCUAAAUCUAUGGAAGGUUACGGGGGCGGGGCUACACCCUUCUCCAAACCCCUGGGGAGGAGCCCUGGUGCAUAUGAGGAGAGCCAGAGCGGUCCUCUCAUCUCACUUCUGUCUGAUGCUAGUAGUGCUGUCUACUAUAGUACCUGUAUUACUGGCUAG